AAAUCAGUAUUCGCGUGAAAGUGGGACGAUUAGGAUGAUCUCCCUCAAGUGGACGGUGGUGCUCUGUGGACUAGCUUUGAUCGCCUCUGGCACGACGGCCGAACGGCCUCUUUCCAGUGAUGUCGAUCCGCCUCUAAUUGCACCCGCGUUUGAAGCCGAAGAAAGUGAAAUCGUUGCCCUGCAGGAAGUGGAUGAGGCGUACCGUUUACCGAAGACCAGCUACCCGACCCACUAUGACCUGAAGCUUACCACGGCGAUACACACCGGCGAAAGGGAGUUCAGUGGAAGCGUGGAGAUUCAUUUGACGGUGGUUGAGGCAACCAACACUAUUGUGGUGCAUCAUCGCAGUCUGUCGAUUCAAAGUGCACAAUUGGCGAUAGUUCCGUCGGAAGGAGCCGAUCCAGAACCAUUGGAUGAUCCAACAUGGACCUAUGCUUCCGCUGUUGAGCAACUGACCUUCACGAGUGCGACGCUACUAAACACUGGAAAUUACAUUCUAACUGUAACAUUCAUUGGUACACUGUCUAACAAUCAGGAUGGGUUUUAUAUUUCCUCGUAUGUGGACCAACUUGGUGCAACAAAGUAUUUGGCCACCACCCAGUUUGAAUCAACGAGUGCACGCAUGGCAUUCCCCUGCUACGAUGAACCUGGACUGAAGGCUACCUUUGCCUUGCAGAUCACUCAUAAUACAUACUACACCGCAAAUUCGAACAUGCCUUACACCACCUCCAUCGAUGGUGAUACGCGGGUGAGUACAUUCGAGACCACUCCGAAAAUGUCCACAUAUCUGCUGGCGUUUGUGGUAUCGGAUUUUGCCUCUAGAGGAAGUGAAACAAACCGCGUCUUUGCCCGCAUAAAUGCAAUCGAAGAAGUAGAUUUCGCCGUUGAAGCUGGUGAGAAGAUUCUGGCGGAGCUCGACGCACAUCUCGGUAUCGGAUAUUUCGAGCACAUGCCAGUGAUGAAGCAAUUCGCCAUUCCAGAUUUUUCUGCAGGUGCCAUGGAAAACUGGGGCUUGGUCACAUACAGAGAGCAGUAUCUGCUAUUCAAUCCCGAACUGAGUACUUAUCGCACUAAAACGAACAUUGCUACAGUCAUUGCUCACGAGUUCGCUCACCAAUGGUUUGGCAACUUAGUCACUCCCGAAUGGUGGGAAUAUCUUUGGUUGAACGAAGGUUUUGCCACCCUGUACGAGUACUAUGCUGCCCAACUCGCAUAUCCGGAGGCGGAAUACUGGGAACUGUUCAACCCACAUGUCAUCCAAUCGGCCCUGGUUCCAGAUGGGCUUGAGACCACCAGACCGAUGACUUGGAGCGCCGAUACCCCCUCGUCCAUUUCGAGAUUGUUCGAUCGAGUGGCAUAUCCAAAGUCUGGAAGCGUUCUGAAUAUGAUGCGUAACGUGCUCGGCGACGAGAAUUGGGCCGCUGGUCUAAAUGCUUAUCUCACCGAACGGCAGUUUGACGUUGCUACCGCGGAGCAUUUGUAUGCCGGUUUGCAGUUGGCUGUUGAGGGUAAGAACGUCCUUCCCGAUGGAGUUACUGUCAAGGAUAUCAUGGACACCUGGACGACGGAAGCUGGUUAUCCAGUUUUGAGCGUGCGCCGUACUUACGAAACCGGAGAUGUCAUUAUUUCGCAGGAACGGUUUAUCUCAGAUCGUAAGGUGCCCAACACGAACGUAUGGAGGAUACCAUAUAACUAUGCGACACAGUCGAGCGGUAAUUUCAAUGAUCUGAACUCCUAUAGCUGGCUGAGCACCAAGGCGGCUCGAAUUAGCACGGCCGCAACCGCCGACGAGUGGAUCGUAUUCAAUCAACAGCAGGUUGGCUUCUACCGAGUUAAUUAUGACGAGAAAAAUUGGGAACUGAUCACAAAUGCUUUGCUCAGCAAUCACGAGAGCAUUCAUCGACUCAAUCGAGCACAAAUCAUCGAUGACGCUCACUGGCUGGCCCGUUCCGGACGAUUGGACCUUCAGGUUCUGAUGAACCUUCUGCCUUAUCUACAGGACGAAACAGAGUAUGCACCGUGGACGGCCGCCAACACUGUGCUAACUUAUUUCAAUGGAAAACUACGAGGAACGGAAUCUUACGAGGACUUCAAAACUUUGGUAAAUCAUCUUAUAAGGAAGCUGUACGCCACACUAGACGUCGACUCUGUUUCCGAAACGGAAACCUUGAUUCACAAGUACCUGAAACAGCUGAUUACAGGCUGGGCUUGCCUGAUAGGAAAUGAAGACUGCCUCCAACGAACCAAGGAUGCUCUCAAGCUAGAAGUGGACGAAGGUGUUUUGGUGCAUCCCGACAUUGCCACUGUAGUUUACUGCUACGGUUUACGCACAGCAGAAGAGAAUGUAUUCCAACAUCUUUACCAACGCAUAUAUCCGACCCAAAACUGGGCCUUCAGGUCGCUGGUUAUAAACGCGUUAGGAUGCUCUGAAAACAAGGAGUUCCUCAAGGCUUUCCUCCUGACUGCCACUGCUGGCAACGGCGCCGAGAUCAACUACAAAUCGUCCGAACGCACACAAGUUGUACAGGCGGUAUAUUCCGGUGGGCGGACUGGCGUUGACGCGUUGAUCGAGUUUUUGAGAGACCCCGAUAGUCUCCGGGACUUCGUCUCCAGACUAAGUGUCACUACUCUCCGUAGCACCCUGACGGCCAUUGCAUCGCGUACCAACAAUCAAGAGGAGCUCGACUUGCUGAAUGAGCUGCUGGAAGAACUGAUCGUUUCCGAGUACAUUACUGCCAAUGAUGCAGUAUCGGUGCGUGCUACCGCACAGGCAAAUUUCGAUUGGCAGCAAAGCUUCGAAGGACUUCUGACCGUGGGUUUCGUGCAAGACCUGGUGGAAUCGAUUGACCAGGAACCAAGUACUACUACUAUCAGUACUCCAAGUACUACUACUACGGAGCCCAUUUCGACCACUCUUUCGGUAGAGACCAGCACAGUCACCGAGCAGAGUACGACGCCAGAGGAUGACGGUGCGGCUACGAUUGCCGUUUCCAUUACUCUGCUGAUAGGUGCUAUCGCAGUUACGCUUUUGCAUUGAAGUAUGCAUGGGUGAGUACCACCUCUGUACAGAAACCCGAUACAGCAUGUCCGGGUACCGCGGUAAUAAUCUAAUCGUCUUAUAUUUGCUAUGCUAUAAAGUUUAAUCGACAUAAA